ACAAAGUUAAUUCUAGAAGCAAUCCAUUCAUGUACUUUAUGAGUAUGGCAAAGGCUGAUGAUCUUGGGUGAAACAGCAGAACAGGCUCCACCUUCCAGUGAUGGCCUCUAUUAGAAACUGCUAUGAAAUGUUAGAUAAGAGGUAAGAGCAGAGCCUGUGGAAUUAAUUUUAUAUUAAUGACGGGUUUUACUGAAACAGAAGGCUGGCAGGACUGCCUUGCACUGUGAGACUGCUCUUGGAGGGCUGUUCCAGCAUUUCCCUCUGGCAGGAGCAGAGGGAGCUGUUCCAGAGCCCUGGUGUGGGUCUGGGCCGUGCUGAAGCGGCUGAACAGAGCAGGCCGGGUGUUCAGAGGCUGCAGUUUCCAUGGGAACAGAGACGGCUCCUCACAGAAGGUGAUUUCAGCACUUUUAAUGGCUAUGACUGGGCAUAAUUUGCAAGUCCCUGACAUUUCCUGCGUGGGAAUUUGGAGAUCCAUUUGUAUGGAAUUAGAAUGGCGGGCACGGCUCAGCCGCCGAGCCCUGUCUGUUUCAGCCUUUUCUGUUUUAUGCUUUUCCUCUGGCAGUGCUGUUCUUGCUGCUGUGGGGCUCAGACAGACACCAGAGGCUGGGUGUUGGGGUUUGGGCAUGGCUGCACUGCAGCAGUUGUUUGGAAGCUGUGUCUCACACAUAGCAGUUCUGGAGGCUGGGAAGGACUGCACCAGUGCCUUCCAGUAUCCUUUGGCAUUUCCCAAACCACCAUUCCAAGGGACCACGAUAUACCCGAGGACUUCUGAAAAUGACAACCAGUUUAACACCAGGAUUAUCUGAGUAUUCAGCAUUUCUUUGUCUUCUGCCUGAAUACUUUUCCUAGACUCUGUCAUCCUCUUGCUACUUAGAAUAAAAGGUUUAUUGUCUAUUGGAUCAGACUCCCCAAAAUCAGAAACAUUCCCUCUGAAGAAUGUCUUGCUUGGUGUCCUGGAUGAGCACAAAAAUGUUUGUAGAUGCUAUUUUCAUAUUUUGCCUACUGUCAAAUCCAAACCUGGCACCCAAAUCCCUGAUAAAAAGCUUUUCUCAAAGUAGUAUAUAGUUAAAAAUUAAAUGAAACCUCCAUUCUAAAGAAUGAGAAAAUUUGAGGGCUUUUAAAGCAUUUUUUUUUAAUCAGACUUAUCCUUACCUUUCACUACAGAAUGGACUCAAAUAGUACAUUCUGCUGCCAAACAAUUUAAUUACUGGGGAAAAAACCCUCAGGAAGUGUGUUCUUGGCCUUAUCAAACAGAACAUCUGAUUUUUAACCUCUAAGAGCAGUGGUGGAAGGAGAGGCAGUGGCUGUCAGGGAAGAUUUCCAGUUAAGGCUCCUUGUUGACAUUGCUGAAUUUCUGAGUGAGCCUGUCGGGUUAGACUAAAAUCCCCUUUAAAGGAGUGAGAAAGGGCAGCUGAGGGGCCCUGCAGGUGUCCAAAGCAUCCUGACAAGUCCUGACCCCUUCCUUGCCCACUAAAACGCUGCUGUUUGGCUCAAAGGCACUGACAUCACUUUUGCAGGGGGAGUGCAGGAUGCUCAGGGGAUUUCAGUAGAUGGCAUCACAGCAUUCACAGCCCAGCGAGCUUCAGUGAUUUUAAUCCCUGCCCCACAGAGCUCCCUCCCUCAGCCCUUCCACACCUCAUGGAACUCUGGCCACACACGUCAAGAUACGAACCCAACCUGAGACAGCAUUUCAGAACUGGCGGCCUCCAUGUCCUGUUCCUGUUUAGAGCAGAGGAGAAUAGAGGAUUGUGUCCCUCUUCUAAAGCCCUGCAAAGUCUGGCUACCCCUGCACAGCACAGCGCCCUAGGGACACAACCCAGCGCCACCAGGAGCUGGGAGCUGGGACCCAAAUCUGCUUCAUCAGAGCCCAGGCUGGGACUCACAGCAGCUCCUCUCUGAGAGGUCACCAAAGUGCCCGAACUGGAGGCCUGGGCUGGGCUGUUGUGAGCAGCUCAACCCCAGUGAACUCCCCAUGCUGAUGGCAGUGAGAGGGAGCAUCCCCAGGAGCUGCUGGGGAGGGACUGUGCUGCACCAGAGCUCUUGGGUGCAAGGGAUGCAGGCAGGGCCCAGCCUGAGGUGCAGUCAAAUAAUGGCUUUGUGGCUGGAGGCCAAACUAAAAAUAACAGGAAAGUAGCAUAUCAUUUUAGAGGGCUAAAAUGCACUCAGCACAUUUUUAUGAACCCCAACAGCAGCAAAGGUGGUUUCAAAACACAGUUGUAACUUGGAAAUAGUAACAGGAAACAUUUCGGUUUAGAAGGACUGAUGUAAAACAUUCUAAAAAAGAUUUUUUUUUUUCCUUUUUUUUUUCCUUUUUUUUUUUUCUUUUUUUUUUUUUUCUGUACAGAUACAGAGUGCCUAUGCCCUCAAAAUACAUUUUUUCAAGGAAUUUUCCCUUUCUGGAAGAAAAAUUCACUCCUUUCUCCUCAACACUGUCUGCAUGUGAAUCCUCACAUUCCUCCCUCUCCCACUCUCAUGCAGUGAUGGUUUCUUCCUGCUACACCUCUGACCCUCCAGACUCGUUUGCCCUCCUCUCCUUGCACUUCAUUGUCCCUCACAAGGUCCCUCGUGCACAUUCCCUCUUCUUCUUCAGACCAUCAGGAGGGAACCUUGCAGAUUCUUUGGAACACCAGCUGCACAGUGCCCAUGGAGUGAGUAGGGGUCACUGCAGCCCCCAGCAGAGCUCUCUGAGCAGAGCCCAGUCCUGCUGCAGCCCAGGGAAGCUGCAGGAAUUCCCCACUCUGGAAGGAUCUGCCCGUGCAGCUGGCUGAGAUCAACAAGUCCUGGUGAGUUCUUGGUGUGGACAGACAGCUUUUGCAUAGGCAACCACCACAGGACUAUUUUUCUUUUUUUUUUUUUUUUGUCCUACACCCCAAAAAUGGCAGUGAGUAUUUAAAAACAGGUAUUUAAGAAUGCUUAAAACAUCCUAAGGAGGUGAAAAGAAGCAACCUCACCUGUAGGACAGGUACUUUGGAAGGGGUUUCGGGGAAGCUUUAGAAGUGUUACCCGGUGCUGAGGUAUUUGCAGCUGUGUUAUAACACUGGAGGAGCUGAUUUGGGGAGCUGCCUGAAAUACCUGCUGUCAGCAGGGUGUGGUCCGCGUGCUGCUGCUUCACUGGUCUGAGGUUUCACUCAGGUCCUGGUGCUAACAAACUCUUAGCUCUCCUCUUUUUCAAGACUUGGGAUUUUACUUCUAAAUUUCACAUAUCUUGCAUAUUCAUAUGAAUAUUUGUAUGAGGGCAUGCAAAUCAGGGGUGUUCUCCACAUAAAUAUCUAGGCAUCUAAAUGUGAGCAGAUACCCGUACACUUCUCAGGUUCUUAAUUUAACCCGAGUCUUGGAAAGCCUUUUCAGCUGCAAAAUGCAGCUUUGAGCUAAGCUUCCCGUGUGCAAAGGCAUGGGCCUCUGCCAGCCCCAGAAGGUGCUGCAGAAAUGGGCCACCCAUGUCUCUUUUGCUUAUUUUUCUUUGCAAGACCACAGCAUUAGAAAAUAGCUUGUCUCUUUGUAUUGUGCUGGUUUCCCUUGCACUGUAAUUGUUCUCUCUCCUCCUGCAGUUGAUCAAAUCAUAUCACUGAACUUGGUGCCUUUUUCUUUUCCCCUCUGUUUUUUUCCUGUCCGCUCACAUGCACCCAUGGCAAGGAGCAGCCUGACACCAUUUGACAUCUCCUUGCUUCCUCAUUUCAAUAUUAACUGUUUACCAGAAGAGAAACAGGUUUGGGGUGCGGGUGCUGAGCGCUUGCAUGUCUCUGUGUGUGAGCAGAGUCCCUCAGAGCCACAGGUCACCUCUCUGAGCUGCCUGGAACAGCCCCAUGCUACCGGCACCAGCCUGACUUCAGGAGGGACAGCGCUGUGGAUGUGCUGCACUCUCUGGGCUGGGGUGCAGUGACAAGGCUCAGAGCUGGGACUGCUGCCACUCUCACCCCACAGCAGACCUGCUGAAGGAUUUCUACCUCUCCACAGAGCAAUAAUAAUGACCCAGCUGCAGUUUAAAGAUGCUUUUUGGUGCAAGGAGUUCACCUUCCACACUGGCUACGAGGUGCUGGUACAGCGGCUGCUGGAGGGGAAGAAGAUGUGCAAAGAUGUGGAGGAUUUGCUCAAGCAGAGAGCACAAGCAGAGGAGAGAUAUGGGAAAGAGUUGGUUCAAAUCGCCCGAAAAGCAGGAGGACAAACAGAAAUCAACACACUGAAGGCAGCAUUUGAGAUGCUCAAGCAACAAAUUGAAAGUGUUGGAAACUCUCAUAUCCAACUGGCAGUAAUGCUGAAGGAAGAACUGAAAGGAAUAGAGGAGUUCCGAGAAAGGCAGAAGGAGCAAAGAAAGAAGUACGAGUCUGCAAUGGAGCGGAUGCAGAAGAGCAAACUGUCCCAUUAUAAGAAAACAAUGGAGUCCAAGAAGGUCUACGAGCAGAGGUGCAGGGAGGCGGAUGAGGCCGAGCAGUCCUUCGAACGCACCAGCGCUGCAGGCAACCAAAAGCAAACAGAAAAGAGCCAGAACAAAGCCAAGCAAUGCAGAGAUGCAGCAAAUGAAGCAGAGAACGUGUACAAACAGAACAUCGAGCAGCUGGAUAAGGUCAGGACAGAGUGGGAACAGGAACAUAUCAAAACCUGCGAGGUGUUCCAGCUGCAGGAGUGCGACCGCAUCACGAUCCUGCGGAACUCGCUGUGGGUGCACUGCAAUCAGCUGUCGCUGCAGUGUGUGAAGGACGAUGAGCUGUAUGAAGAGGUUCGGGUCAGCUUGGAGAACUGUGUUGUAGAGUCAGACAUAGACUACUUCAUUAAGACAAAAAUGACAGGAACACAACCUCCAGAAGCCAUAGGGUACGAGAACUACUACAGCAGAGAGCACAGGAGGGGCAGCAGCAGCCCCACCCAGUCCUGUGGGAUGAUGAAGAGAUUUUCUGGACUACUCCAUGGGAGCAGCAAAAACAACACGGAAACUGCCACUCCUUCAGCCCCUCCUCUGGAGAGAACAGACGGAGUCUAUGCAUCCAUUUUUGUAAAUGAAAAAGAUGGGAUCACAUCAUCACAGGACUACAGAGUACUUUAUGACUACACAGCCCAGAAUGGGGAUGAACUGGACAUCAGUGAAGGAGACAUUGUAGUUGUCAUUGCAGAAAAUGAGGACGGCUGGUGGACAGCAGAAAGGAAUGGGCAGCGAGGCUUUGUGCCAGGCUCUUACCUUGAAAAGCUUUGAUGAAAAGAAGCCCCAAUCCUCAGACUUUAUAAAUAUUCUACUAUUGAAAACAAUCAGCACACAAGGUCUGCUUCAGCUGACCAAGGGCAUCCUAAUAAUAAUGUUUUCUACGACUACCAGUCAGGAAAUAACCAACUGACCACGCUUUUCUCUCCCUUGCUCCUGCCUCAUCCCAUUAUUCUACCAGCCUACACUAUCUGAAAAAAACAUCUUCACUCCUGAGAGAUCAGGACUUGCAUGUUCUGGCAGUCCUCCCUCAGCACACUGUGCUGCCAGCAGUGUUUCAAAGCUCGGUGAUCCUGGGAGGAAAAUCCUGCCCACAUCUCAACUGUGCAAAGGGAAAAGAUCACAGAAGCAAGUGCAGUUUCUCCAGGAUGGAGGACUGUCUGCAGCCAGCCUGGGAGCCACCCUUAUGGUCACAACAGCCAUGUUCUCUGCCAUGGAUCCCUUUCUCUCCGUGCAGAGGCCAUGCUGGCAUUUUUGACAGAGGAUGGUUUAUCAGUCAUGGAUGAAAAUACAAAAAUCAGUGAACGCCGCCAGAGAGGAGCACCUGGAGGACCGGGACACAUCCCUAGCAGGAAAACUCAAGGCACUCCCCAUCACAACCAUCUCCUAACACAAUGAAAUCCAUGCUAGCCAUGGCUCUGCUUUGCACUGGAUUUUAGGACAGAUGAUGGGCCCAUGGCUUGCUUUUGCUUAGGUCGGAAGGUUUCCCUGACACCUCUCUGGGAUUAUGCAGUUUAAAAACCCAACAACACAAACAGCAGCUAAGCCAAGGCUCCAGCAGUGCUGCACUGCCCUGACUGCUCUCCUCUGAGCACCAGAGAAUUGCCAAUUACUCCCCCUGCCAUGUCAGCAGGGCAGCCUCCCUUCCGCUGCCCAGCCCGUGGCUGCUCUACCUCCAUCUGCUGCCUGCAGCCCCUGCACCUCUGCGACUGCUGCCCUGGGUUCUUCCCAGGCACGUCUGAUGUGCUCAUUCUUCAACAAAACCUCUUCAGGUUUUGCACUGCACUGUACACGUUCGCUGUACUUCACAGAUUUCAGCUCUAUCAGUCUUUCUAGUUUAAUAUUUAAGAAUGUUUCCAGCUGUUACUGUACUGUACAAGGGAUUGAUGGAUAGUUCUGCCAUUCUUCCCUUUUCAGUAUUUCAAGAUGGUUUAAAAAAAUUAAAAACUGAUUAAUUUGAUUUGAAUUUAAUCUGAAUCAGAGAAAACUAUUUCUGGGGGCAGAAUGACCAUUUGCCAAGGUUUCAGGUCUUAAAACUGAAUCAAGACAAUGAAAAUUAAUCUUAUGGCUAUCUGAAAGGCAUGGAGGAGAGAGGAACUGUUAGCUCAGAUACACAAGAAAGACAAGAGAAAUUCAGGCAAAAGAAAAAGCUGUAAUGGUCAAUGCAAUCUUUUCUUAAAUGAAACACAGUGAAGGUCUGAGGCACUUGCAGUAUCCUAUUCAAAUUCUUCCUUCAAGAACAGAAGUUGCUGCAGGCCCUUUUCCUUUGGCUGCCUGCAGUCCUUUGCACAGGACCUUGUCCUUCCCACACAGCCCAUCCACAUCUGGGCUGAAAGGCUGCGAGCCCCUGGCAUCAGCACAGGCUUGGGAGGGGCUGCGAUGGCACUGAAGGCAGCAGAGUGAGAACAGCAGUGCUGUUCCCUGGGAAGGAGAGGAGAGGUUUCUGUGACCACACCUGAAGGGACACAAAGAUGCACAAUGCCUUCAGCUCAGCUGGGACAUGAUGAGUGGAGGCAGCCUGACCACCACAGCAUGCCUUGUCAGCUACAGCAGGAAAGGAAACCGAAGGCACAAGAGAUUUAAUGUAUUUACUUCUUGAACACUCCAUCUUCCACAAAGAAGACUGUAAUAAACCAGUAAAUAAAUAAAUUUAGGUAGAUAUUUUGCAGAUUAUCUUAAAUUAACAGAAAAAAAACCCCACCCAAACAAAAACAGUGAGAUGCACCUUCUCUAAUGAUGUAGGACACAGAUUUUUGCAGGACUCCUCGCUCCUCUGGGGGCCCAAACUUCACACAAGGCACUGCAGGGCCCAGUCUUGAUUGUCCUGAAACCCUACUGCAGAUCAUCUUUGCUUCCAUGGACCACAUGGUCUGCAUCACCAACAGACAGCUGGUGGAAUGGUGGCUGCUGUUUCUCUCCCAUCAAAUCAUUCCAUGUUUUUGCUGUUAAAGUCAGGAAACCAAUAUCCUUUCUACCAAUCUUUUGUUUUGUCAAGUAAACACUGUUGAGUGGCAAGAGGCUAUAGUUAUUUCACAAUCUCUCCCCAAUGUCACAGCACUUGGGUCCAACAUGCUAACUACAGCUUUUUCAGGAAAUGAAAAAAAAAAGCAGCAAGCGAUGUUUUCUCAUGAAUCCUCUGCUUCACAUUGUCUAGAUAUGGCUGGGAACUGUUUAUCAGCCAAAUUCUUCAGUUUGCCCUAUCUGUGUGGCAGCACUUGUCACAAAUAGAACAGAGAUAUCAAGAAAUACCCACACCCUCUGAGAACACCCACAUUUUAGGUGUCAUCCAUCUACCCACCCCCAUCAGUAGGAAAAGCAGGAAGGUCAGUUGAAGGUUACUGCCUUAAUAACAUUGCCCUUAUUAACAUUUCCUCUCCAGUUUGAUAACAUUUGGGCAAUAAAACUGACACAAUCAAGUUAUCAUUCAAUUUUCAGCUAAGAUGGGAAACUGAAAUGGGCCCUUUCCAGUGGUAUUUUCUAUACUAAAGUCAAAACAUGUGUAUUGUUCUCUUUUACCAUUUACUACCAAUUAAGGAGAAGAACAGGAAAAGCUGUAUGAAAUAACAUUUAACCAAUGACAACCACACGUAAUUAAGAAAUGACUGCAAGUGCAGGACGAGGUCCAUCUCUGCACAGAUCAGAUUUCUGUAUAUUAAGAGGCCAGCAGUAACAACAGAGUAGCACCAGACUAGAAACAGAGAGCAAACAGACAGAGCUCUAGGACAGCCAACACAGCCAGGCCUUCUGCCAAGCUCAGUGAUCUGUAGAGCCAACCAGCUUCCAGCAUUUCCACCAACUGGGCAGCUAAAAGGAAGAAAUCAGCUAAGCAUGUAGCAACAGCAGGAGCACAGUGACUGUUCAAGGUUUGAAGUGUUUGCCACCCCCCUGAGGACCCCUGGCUUAAGCUCUGUAGUAUGAACAACCCCACACCAUCAGCCAAAGUGGUGACAGAUCAUGUACGUAAAGGCAUAGACAGCAGAAACUCCUGCCUUGGCUUCCUUCCUGUCUCAAGAGGUGAACUCCUCGUCUGAGUCUCCUCUCCAUCAAUUUUCUCCCAGUUGCAGCUCAUAGCUCCCUGAUUACUGAAUGCAGCUGAAGUGGAGAUGCAUUACAAGGCAAGCACCAGGUGGUGGGUGUCUGACAGGAGCCUGGGUGGGCAUUAACCUCACCACUGGUGGGUAACUUACACACUUUGUGGUAGCACAGAACCUCCUGGCAGUAUCACUGUGCCAUGGCUUAACUGGGGAGGCUUGGAGAGCACAGGGGACUCUACAUCAGUGAUAUCCAAACAAAGUAUGAAAAGUCACUGUUAACCUUCAGUGUGGAGUAGCAACAACUCUGUAUGGGACAGGACAAACUGUACAGGCCUGAACAGCAGCCUAGACUGCUCAACACCAUCUCUUUUCCCUGGCUUUCUUGUUCUCCAGCUUGCAGGGCUGGGGCAUUGAACACAAGAACAGUCACCAGCCACGCAAAUACCAGUACUUCCCAUGUCCUCAAGCACUCAGAGCUAACGAGCAAGAACGGAAACAAAGUUGUGAUGCUGAGUCUUAUCUGCCUUCUGGAAAAUAAAUGGCUGCUAAGGGACUACAAGGGCUGAUGGCCUGGGUUUUGCAGAGGAAGAAUACUUGUGUGGAAAAUUAGAUUCUGGAAGAGGAAUUAGUGUCCUGCCUGUGAUUAUGUUAUUAACAAAAUGGCAACGCCGAAUUCACCUGAGAGGGCAAAGAACUAGUCAAACUGUUAGCCAUCAUCUAUUCUUUGCUAGCAAUCACCUAAAUUCAGCAGCCAGCUCACAUUUUACUCAGAGCCACAGUUAUCUCCAGAUUUGUGCACUCCUGGAUCCUGCACAUUGCAAAUCUGAUCUGUGUCUGGAAUAGCUGGAUAAUCAUAUUUCCAUCAAAUUAGCCAGUUACACAUGGUGCAGAGCUCAACUUGUCCUUCUACCAGCUGCUAAAGGACGGCUGACACCUGAUCUGCCACAAAGCUGCUGGGGCACCAUUAAGAGCACAUUUCCUGCCUAUCACUGCUGGGUGCCAUGUGGCUGCAGCCGUUCUGUCCCCCACACUGGCACAAAAGACAGAUUUACCAUGUUGUUCUAUUCUGACUGAAAGCACAGACUAAAUCUUGCUUUUAGAUACAAAACUCUUAACAGAAAUCACCAUGGCCCCCUGGCAAAAAUCAGAGUUGAUAUCCCUGAAAUUUCUAAGGGGAAAGACAGUAUCAUCCAAAACCGCCAAGCACACAAAACUCAAGAGCACAACUUGGGAGUUUAUAACCAGGGAUGCCACACACCAUCCUGAGGCCUGAGGGUACAAAAACAACUGGGGAGCAGAGGUGAAACGAGAACAGAGACCCCAAGAGGAUGUUCGAAAGCAGGAGGAAUUUUACUUACCAGAUCUAAAAAGGCCAGUAUUAACCAGAUUUAGAAACAUAAACCAGCACAUGUAUCCCAGCUUUGCUGCCCUUACCAGAAUUCAACCAAACCACCAAAUCAAGGCAGCCAGAGAGAGAAGUAACCAGUGUGUCAAUAGGUGAUGCUGAAUGAGGUAAGGCUGUAUAACUAGGGCUUUGACUUCAGUUCUCCUGGAGUGAAAUUCAGGCAUUUGCCCGAGCCUCUGCCCUCAGGGUAAAUGGACACACAGCAGAGAUCAAGACAUUCCAGCCUAAACUUGAAUGAAAUUCCCUGCGCAUUGGAUUACACACUUGGAUUGUUCAAGCAGACCCAGGCUAAACCCCUGAAUAAAACAAUGGCUUUGAGAAGCAAAGGUAUGACUGGAGAAGUCGAACCUCACCCCUCAGUUUCCUCAUUCAUCAUGGGGAGCUUGUAAUCCACUCUGACACAGAGCUGAAAUUCCUCCCGGCACACUCAGCAUUUCGGUGACUGUUCAAUCCCAGACCCAGUCUAAACAAGCUAGCAUUGGGUGGUGGUCAGAUCAAUAUUUGCAAUAGAAAAUCUCGUACAAAAGGACAAAUUAUAUUGUGUACAAAGCGCUUGUUUUGUAAUAGGACCGGCUGGCUCUGAGGAAGGGGGUUGCAGUCAUGAGAUAACACACUCAAGGCAGGGAGUGUGUGGGGGAGUUCACUGCAUUCCCUUCCACUCUGCAAGGGCACAAAUGCUCAACAGCUGCAUCUAAAGAAGAAUUGUUCUGAAUUUUUAAGCCGAAAACAGUCCAUGGAGGAACUUCUUGGGAAACUGGUGAACUUUAACCUUCCCAGGAUAAGAAUGCAAACGUAAGUGUGAAUGGGAAAGCUUUCAAUGCACUGACAGACAUGAGAAGUGCUUUGUCUUUAGAGAAGGGCUGCACAGCCCUUCUUGUGUCUGAGCCCUUGGUGAGGAAGGGGGACUUAAGCGAUAGUGACUUUGUUCUGCUAAGUGGCAGCUAAAGGUUUUACUAGGUCACUGCUCAAUUCAGCGGUCAUGAGAGGAUUCAAAACCAGAGAGGGAGAGAAGGCAUCUGGAGAAAUGCAUCCUCCCUGCUCUGUAGGGUCCUGUGCCAGCUUUCAGAACCACGGCACUUAUCAGCACAAGCUCUAAAUUUAACUUAUAUUUCCUCAGUGUCUGUAAUGUAUCCUCAAUGCACCGUUUUUCAAUACUGAAGGUGUUACUGUACAGGGGAAAACAAAGAUAUUGGGAAUAAAUGCUGGAUUUAAGCUUUCAAAAUGGACAUUGCACUCCAAGGGCAAAAACACUUCACAGAGUGCAAGGCUACCAGCAUCAAGCAUGCUUCCCAAGGAUGGGGCCUUCUCCAAGUCCUGGAAGUACAAGGAGUACUUAGUUCCACAGCAUGUACUGGGAAUGAAGUCCUGCCUGUUGCCUGUGAGGUGCUUGGCAAAGGCUGGCAGAGGACUCAAUGGCACCUCUGCCACAGGUGAUUUAUCCCUCUCCCACUCUCAGCUGAGAAUGUAUGAACAGGACCCCUGCACACACCUCAUGGGCUGGCAGACUUGUUCAAUGCAUUUCAAUGGCAGACCCACUCAGGCAAGAGCAGAUCUUGCUGCUUCCUUUGUCCAGCUGGAGAAAAACUUCAGAAUUCCAUUUCAGAAGUAGUUUUCCAGACGAGACUGUUGCAUGUAAGACAUCCUAGAUACUGACAAACCCCACAACUGCCAGUGGUUUGCUUAAAUGUUCUAUUUGCAUGAGGGAAAUGCAUUCAAGUUCUUCAGUCACAGCCUGACCUAGCAAAGAAGCGACAGGACAGCUAUCCUGGAAAAUGCUUGAAUUAUUCCCUGAAAUGGGGCAAGAGCCCAUUUGGUGAAAAGAGCUCUGUACCUGAAGCACCACACAUCCAAAUGAAAGCAAAGGUGUCUGUUCUCUGGAGUACCAACAGGAACAGCUCCUAUGGUCCAAACACUGCUGUGGCUCACGUUACCCCAAGCAAGCCAGUUCGCAGACUUCCUUCUGGCAAAGAAUGAAGUUUCAACUUAAAAGCUGUGACAUAUCUUUAGCAUUCGGCGUCAAGAGAAGCAGGUGAGAGAAAAUGUGUGGUUCAGUACAUAUCACUAGAAAGAAGUGCUUCUUUGCUUGCUUCAGAAGGAUCACAAAGUCUCAGGUCCCCAGAGUGGAGCUCUGACAGUCUCUCACUUGUGCAGGUUUAAGUUCAUGUCCAUGCUUAAUCUACAAACUCAGCCCUGUUUUUAAAUGAUGAAUAAACUGUACUUCAUGUUCAUCUACAGUGUAUUCACUCCACACAAACAACUGAACUUCUGUCCUGGAGUCCAAACACUGAAGGAAGCAACAUCUGUUGCCAGGCACAGAUCCAGCAGGGAUUACUGCAGUCACAGCAAGGACUAAA